GCCGCCUUCGUCUCCUCUCGCUUCUCCAUUCCCCGAAGCUCGAGCACAGGGUCGCCAUGACUUCAUCUCCUACCCAUCUCUCUCACACAACAUGAAGAACCGGUGGCUAGGGCGUCUCUUGCCCUUGGCGCUUCUGCUUCUGCAGGCGCUUGCGGUGGAAUCCCAAGUACAUCCCGAGUCCCAAAUACCAACUACCGAUGUCGUUCCUGGAUCCUAUGCACAUUCCGAGUCUUCGAGCGGGCCCGAGGACUCUAAUCGACCCGGACAUGAACACGUCGAAAAUGCUCUUCGAAUCCUACGAGAAUCCAAGAUCGCCGUCGUUGCUCCCGAGAAACCGUCCGGCCUGGUGGGAUACACCUUGCAUUACGCCCAGGAAGCUUUUCGAAUCUUGUUUAUGAAUGGACCCCCGUCGGAUGGAACAGGGAAGCGAAAGGAGGACCCGAUUGUCGCAAAGGCCGUGAAUGAACUCAAGAUUGCGGCACAGCAAGACCAGAACCCCGAUGCGAUUUUCCUCUUAGGGGAGAUGAACUUCUACGGCAACUACACCCACCCCCGAGACUUCAAGCAAGCGUUCCAUUGGUACCAGGCCUUAGCAUCUUCGACCGGAAAUAGCACCGCGCAGUAUAUGCUUGGGUUUAUGUAUGCAACUGGUGUUGGCGGUGCGGUCGAGCGCGAUCAGGCGAAGUCCUUGUUGUACCAUACUUUCGCUGCCGAAGCGGGUGAUACGAGGUCGGAGAUGACCCUGGCGUAUCGCCAUCAUGCUGGAAUCGGAGCCCCAAGAGACUGCGACCAAGCGACCUACUACUAUAAGAAGGUGGCAGAUAAGGCUAUUGGGUACUUGCGAUCUGGACCGCCCGGUGGCCAGAGCAUGAUUCGCGAGUCCUACCGUUGGGCUGACGAAGAGGGUGGUGUCUAUGGUGAAGGUGCGAGCGUGUCGACAAAUACCGUGCGCGACGGAUCGCAUUCCACGACGGAGGCCAGCUUGGAAGACGUCUUGGAGUAUUUGGAUUUGAUGUCCAGGAAGGGCGAAUUGAAGGCCACUUUCAGCCUAGGGAAGAUGCACUACGAGGGUGGCCGUGGGCUGCCGAGGAACUUCCGGAAGUCCAUGAACUAUUUCAGACAGGUCACUAAGAAGUACUGGAAUAAGGACGGAUCGGUGAACCCAAAUCACCCUCUUGGGAUCGAGAAACUGGCAGCGAAAGUGGCUGGUCACAUUGGGUUGAUGUACCUGCGUGGCGAGGGAGUGGAGCAAAACUUUGCGACGGCGUUGAUGUGGUUCCGACGUGGAUUGGCAAAUGGCGAUGCGCUCUGCCAGCACGAGCUCGGGCUGAUGUACCUGCACGGCUAUGGUGUCACGCAGGAUGCAUUCAGGGCCGCGUCCUACUUUAAAGCUGCGGCAGAGCAGGACUUCCCCGCGUCCGAAACGAGGUUGGGUGCUCUGUUCCUGGAUCAAGGCGAUGUCCCGACCGCCACCCGUUAUUUCGAGCUGGCGGCGCGCUGGGGUUGGAUGGAGGCCUUCUAUUACCUGGCGGAGCUAUCCAACAACGGUGUUGGUCGGAAGCGGCACUGUGGAAUGGCCGCAUCUUACUACAAGAUGGUCGCUGAGCGGGCGGAAGCUAUCCAUUCAUCCUUUGGCGAGGCAAACACGGCGUAUGAGAAUGGAGACAAGGAACGGGCUCUUAUUCCAGCCAUGAUGGCUGCUGAGCAAGGCUACGAGCACGCGCAGUCUAAUGUUGCGUUCUUGCUGGAUGAGCAGCGCUCCUUACUCGCACUUGACACCAUCGUUCCUGCAACCAAGAAGACCAGACCGGCUUUGCUGCGAAAUGCUGCCUUGGCUCUUAUCUACUGGACACGGUCAGCCAAACAAGCGAACAUUGACUCUUUGCUUAAGAUGGGUGAUUACUACCUUACUGGCAUGGGCAUUGUGCAGGAUGCGGAGAAGGCGUCAACGUGCUACCACACGGCGGCCGAAGUCCACUACAGCGCCCAGGCAUAUUGGAAUUUGGGGUGGAUGCAUGAGAACGGGGUUGCCGUGGACCAGGACUUUCACAUGGCAAAGCGAUACUAUGACCUGGCGUUGGAGACUAGCUCGGAAGCGUACUUGCCAGUGAAGCUCAGUCUGCUGAAGCUGCGGAUGCGGGCGUACUGGAACUGGCUUACCAAUGGGGAUAUCAAUCCCAUCCAGGAGGAAGAAGGUAAGACAGAAGUGCCUGAGAUCUGAUAAAGACUAACGCAGCGCAGAUGUGAGGCCGCACCGCACCUUGAAAGAGUGGAUCGCUGCCUUUAUCGAGAAUGACG